AUGCGCCAGCCACGCCGCACCGCGCUGCUGCUGCCGCCGUGGCUCAUGAUGGUGGUGUGUUGCGUUGGUGUUUGCGUUGCCGCCGAUCCCGCCGUGAAGCACCGCUGUGGGUUUGACGCGAUGAUGAAGAAAUACGGCCGGCUGCCGACUGCGGUGGUGCGUGAGGUGCCGCGCCGGGGACAGGGCGCCAUGCAGGCGUACACCGCCGCCGGCGAGGAUGGGGACGAUGGCUGGGCUCCGAUCCGCAUCAAGGUGUCCGCGGAGGACAUGUUUGACCCGUUGAGGCACUGCACUGCGGCGGGGGAUCUGCGCAUUGACCACGGUGGCCGCGCAAUAACAUGCGAGGCGGACGACGUGUUGACGGAGGAGAGGAGGAGCAUUGUUUUGAGGCAAAUUCUCCCCGCCGCAAUUCAACUGCACUCGGAGCGUCUCUCCGUG